AUGGCGGCCGCGGAGGCAGGCGAGACUAAGAUGAUCAUUCUCAAGAGCUCAGAUGAGGAGGAGUUUGAGGUGGAGGAGGUUGUCGCCAUGGAGUCGCAGACCAUCCGCCACAUGAUCGAUGACGGCUGUGCCAACAACAAGAUCCUGCUCCCCAUCACCAACUCCAAGAUCCUCUCCAAGGUCAUCGAGUACUGCAAGAAGCACAUCCAGGCUAAGCCCACCACAGACACCACCACCAGAGCUUCCGAAGCAUAUGAUGUUGUGGCACCUGCCGGCCCCGUCGAGGACCUCAAGAACUGGGAUGCCGAAUUUGUCAGGGUCAACGAGUCCACCCUUUUUGACCUCGCUAUGGCUGCAAGGUAUCUCAACAUCAAGGGACUGCUAGACCUGACCACCGAGACUCUUGCCGACAUGAUAAAGGGCAAGAAUUCGGAGGAGCUUCUAGGCUGA